GGGCUCCCGCGGGGAGGCCUCUCAUCGCCCGCUCGGUCGGUCCGAGGAGCUGCCCCUGCCGAAAGGGCCGCUCAAGCGGCGACCCGUGGGUGGCUGGAGCGGGCGGGGGGCGCCGGGCCUAGGGAUUUAAGAAUGCUGUUACAAUUGGGAAAAAUGCACUUUAUCAUUUGUCCAUUGGACUGAAGCAGAUAGAAUGGAUGGGAGAAAGUACUGCUCACCACUGGCAUCCAUAGACAACAUUCUCAGACUGCUUUGCUGAAGACCUCUCUAGCAGCAUAGCCUGGUAUUUUACUCCUUCUGGUCGUGCGUGCAGAAUCCAGGCAUCUCUGAAGUACUUGGAAUAUGAGUGUUCUCCUCAUUGAAGCCUUUUAUGGUGGUUCCCACAAACAGCUGAUGGAUCUUCUUCAGGAAGAACUACAAGAUGACUGUGUCCUCUGUACGCUUCCUGCUAAGAAGUGGCAUUGGAAAGCACGAACUGCUGCUCUUUAUUUCAUGCAAACAGUGCCAACAAGUACUAAUUACAGGAUCCUCUUUGCAAGCUCGGUGCUUAACCUGGCUGAACUCGCUGCCCUCCGCCCUGACCUUGGCAAAUUGAAAAAGGUCCUCUACUUCCAUGAGAACCAAUUGGUAUAUCCUGUCCAGAAAUGCCAGGAAAGGGAUUUUCAGUAUGGAUACAACCAGAUUCUUUCAUGUUUGGUUGCUGAUGUUGUGGUGUUCAACUCUGCCUUCAAUAUGGAAUCGUUUCUUACAUCCAUUGGAAAAUUUAUGAAGCUGAUUCCUGACCACAGACCCAAGGAUUUGGAAAAAAUAAUCAGACCGAAGUGCCAAGUUGUUUAUUUUCCAGUCAGGUUUCCUGAUGUGAGCAGGUUCAUGCCAGAACAUAAGCUUGCCCAUUUGGAAAAGGUAAUUGGUGUUAAAAGACAUGGAGAUGCUUAUCAAUUGGAGGGUCUGCCUGGCCAGCAGAACAGCAAAGCUUUAAUGAAAAACAGCAACACACAUCAUGAGUCUGGACUUUGUGAAGCUCAGCCUGGACUUUAUACCACACAGCAAGAGGAGCUGCCUUCCCCAUUAACAACACCGGGGAGACUGAACAAAUCUGAAGUAUCAGAAAGUACAAAUCCUUGUCAAGAAGAAGAUAAGCAACAUCUGACUUUUAACCUCUCUAAUAUCUUGAGUGGACAGGACUAUCAGCAAAGACCUAUACACAUUGCUUGGCCUCACAGGUGGGAACAUGACAAAGAUCCUGAAACUUUCUUUAAAGUCCUGCUGAAGCUGAAAGAGAAAGAUCUACCUUUUCACGUGUCUGUCCUUGGAGAGGCUUUCACUGAAAUUCCAGAUAUCUUUUCAGAGGCCAAAAAAGCGUUGGGAUCUUCUGUUUUGCACUGGGGCUACUUACCCAGCAAAGAUGACUAUUUCCAGGCUCUGUGCAUGGCCGAUGUUGUCAUCUCGACAGCCAAACACGAAUUCUUUGGCGUGGCAAUGGUGGAAGCUGUGUAUUGCGGCUGUUACCCGCUGUGUCCCAAAGCCUUGGUGUACCCUGAGAUAUUUCCAGCUGAAUAUCUGUAUUCUACACCUGAACAGCUUUUUAAAAGGCUCCAGAAUUUCUGCAAGAGACCAGAUACUGUAAGGAAACAUCUCUAUAAGGGCGAGACGGACGGGUUUUCUUGGGCAGCGCUCGGCGGUAAAUUCAGGUCUCUGCUCGCAACAGAACCGAGGGAAGAUUUGUGACAGAUGGGGCUAAGUCACAAACUUGCAGCCUCAGGCAGAAUUGUGGAAGUUUCCAGAGUGUGCCCAUAUUUACCUGAUCAGAGAGAAAAGAAAAUCUGCAGAGGAAGCCGAGCCUGGCUGCUUGUCAUAGCUGACACAGAGCCAUCUGCCACAAACCUGUGGCGGCUUCAGAUCUCCAAUCCCUGCCACCACCCCAGCUCAAAUUAAAUACAGAUUCUUAGAGACGUUAUGAUGGUUACACAUGUCCUCGGCAUCACAUGCAGGAGACUGUUCAAAAAAAAUAUGUGGCCUGUUGUGUAACCGCACUCAUGUAUCCCAUAUGUGGUGCCACAUUGAAUUUCCGGUUGAAUCUGUUUUUAUCCUUUGUACUGGAUGACAUGGUGCCUGAAUUCUUUCUUUUCGCCGACACGAUGGCAGCCAAGCUGCAGCUUCAAACGCUCACACUUGGCUGAGUUUCUACCUAGGUUGCCAGGUUAUCAUUGGAGCCUUAUUGUGUCCUCAAAGGGCCACAGGGCCUGAAAGGAGGAUCCGAAGGCUGCCGGACUAAUUGGGCAGCCAUCAUCUCCGGGUUGUUUGGAGGCAAAGGGCUGCUUUAGCACUUCUUUUCCUUUUUUUUUUUUUUCCCUUCUUUUAUUUUUUUUUUUUGCAAAUUAAUGACUCUCUGGCACAGGGGUUUUUAAGUGAAGGUAUUAAUAAGGGGUCUGGCAGGUAAUCCCACGAUUCGUGGAGUUACAUUUGCAUUUAAUUAAUCUUGAAGAAAGCUGAAAGAUAAACAGCUGUAAUUCAAACUAGCAUGGGAAAUAUGCUACAUGGUGCCAUCUAUCCGAUAAAAUGAAAGCCGAGACACUUGUUUCAUUUCUCUCAAGGAUGGAGAACAAACAGAUAACAGUCAAAAUACUUCCAAUAAAAACCGGUAGUUUAAAUGUAACGGCAGUUCAUCAAGAAUCUUUGCAUCCAGUUACAAAUACAGUCUUUUAAAGAUAAAUCACUUAUGAUUCCAGCAGUCAAGCUGCUAUAUUUGUUGAUGUAAAAUGUUUUGAAGAUGUAGAUUGUACAAUAAAUUUUUAAUAAAGUGCCCACUGCAAUUUUUAA